AUGUCCGAUCUUCCUCAAGGACAAAAGCAUUGUUCAUUUUGCGGUAAAACGCAGUCUGAAGUCGGUAAGCUGAUUGCAGGCGAGGACGCAUAUAUUUGUAAUGAAUGCGUGGAUGUGUGCUUAGACCUAGUGCAAACGAGUCAACAGGUGGAAACAGGUGAUUGGGCAACACGUCCAUUGCCAAAACCACAUGAAAUUCGUGCGGCUUUGGACCAAUAUGUAAUUGGUCAAGACACUGCAAAGAAAACACUUUCAGUAGCAGUGUAUAACCAUUACAAACGUUUAAAAGUAUCACAAACAGGUCACAAGCCUAAAGAUGCGGUUGAAAUUGCUAAAAGUAAUAUUUUGCUGAUUGGACCGACAGGUUCAGGUAAAACAUUGCUUGCACAGACACUUGCGCGUUUGCUUGAUGUACCUUUUGCAAUGGCUGAUGCAACAACAUUGACUGAAGCUGGUUAUGUUGGUGAAGAUGUUGAAAACAUUAUUCAGAAACUUUUGCAAAAAGCAGAUUACGAUGUAGAAAAAGCACAAAAGGGUAUUAUCUAUAUUGAUGAAAUUGACAAGAUUACCCGUAAAUCUGAAAACCCUUCGAUUACACGUGAUGUGUCUGGUGAGGGCGUGCAACAAGCAUUGUUGAAAAUGAUUGAAGGUACUGUUGCGUCAAUUCCGCCUCAAGGUGGACGUAAACAUCCACAGCAAGAGUUUAUUCAAGUCGAUACUGCAAAUAUCUUGUUUAUCUGUGGUGGUGCGUUCUCUGGUCUUGAAAAAGUUGUUCAACAACGUCAAGAAAAAGGUGGCAUUGGUUUCACCGCAGACGUAAAGAAUAAAGACGAUAGUAAGAAAGUAUCUGAAUUAUUCCGUCAAGUUGAAGCCGCAGAUUUGGUGAAAUUUGGUUUAAUUCCAGAGUUCAUUGGUCGUUUACCUGUGAUUGCAACGCUUGAAGAGCUUGAUCAAGAAGCCUUGAUGCAGAUUUUAACUGAACCAAAAAAUGCAUUAACUCGUCAGUAUCAAUAUCUCUUUGAGAUGGAAAAUGUAGACCUUCUUUUUGAAGACUCUGCUUUACGUGCAAUCGCGAAAAAAGCGUUAGAGCGUAAUACAGGUGCGCGUGGUCUGCGUUCUAUUUUAGAAAAUGUAUUGCUUGAAACCAUGUAUGACUUACCAAGUCGUUCAGACAUUGGUACUGUGAUUAUCAAUGAAGCGGUGAUUAAUGAUAAAGCUGCACCAGAGUUCAAGUCUGAACGUCAACCAAAGCAUGAAAAUACUGAAGUUGAAAAAGUAGAUUUGAAGCUUAAAAGUCUGAUUCUGAUUCAUCCUCAGUGCAAUUCAUCUGAAACGUGCAAGUAG